AUGUCGUUAGUUUUCAACCAGGAGAAAGCUGAGGAGAAGCCAGAAAUGACGCUGGUACGGAUUCUUAAUGUUCCAGACUUUGUUGAGAAGUACUUGGAUAUUGAUACGAGACUCCGCCUCCGUAAGACGUGCACCACCAUCCGGGAAAUCAUCAAUAAAAAGCCGCUACACAUAGAUUGGCUCAUCUACGAUUGCUAUGGAAAGACAAUCAAAAUUUCUACACAUGGAGGCUUCGAGGUCCUUUACGAAAUCAUUGAAGAAGGAUUGAGAGUGAGAUACUUAGAUAGAGAGAAAACGAUCGAUGCGAAAAACGAAGAAGAACAAAUAGAGGUAAUUCAACGGGAUUUGAUGUCGAUUCUUGAUCAUGGAAAACUGAGAAUUGGAAUUUUAAACAUCGAAGACGAUUACUCAGCUGGUUUAUAUGACGAGGAACCUCCGAUGGGAAUAAGAGCACUACGAAACACUUUGAACCAACUGCCCAACAAACUAAAGAUCAAAAGUUUGGAGUACUUAGUUAAAGAAUUGGAUGAUGCUUUCAUAGCCACAUUGAAGACGAUAGAGCAUCUCAAAUCCCUUCAACUCAGUUUUGGACCUUAUGAUAUGAAACAAUUUAAGAUCAACUUGUUUGAACUAGAAGAAUGGAAACGUUUGAAAUCAUUAAAAAUUUGGGAUCCGCAACUAUCAUUAUCGGACAUUAUCAGUUCCUACACUCAUUUCGAGAAUGCUCAUUUGGCGAUUGGUAGUUUUUACGCUUGCUCUGACAACACAUCUUUACACAAUUUCGUAAUGGAGCUUAAAGAUAAACUCCUUCAAAAUCCCAAUCUGAAACAGUUGAAAAUAGAAGCUAUAUCUCGCAUGAAGGCUCAUGACGUCAAGGAUAUUAAAUCAAGUCUCCAACAAUACAACAUCAACAAUACACCGUAUCCGUGCUGGGUUAGUAUUCCAUACCCGGAUUCUGAUAAGAAAUUGGAGAUGUUGGUGGAUAAGAAGAUGAUAUGGUUCAAGGGACCAUGUUAUGUGAAAGGAGAAUGGGAAGAAGAUAGUAGUGAUGAGGAUGAUGAGGAUGAGAGUGAUGAUUAUGAAGAUGAGGAGGACGACGACGAAGAUGAAGAAGAAGCUUUGAAUUUGUACUAUUACUAUUACCCUCAAUGA